AUGAAAGAGGAAAGUGGCACCGAUGUCUCUGUUCGCUCCAGGAAAAGAAAGGCAAAUGUAGCCGUUUUUUUGCAGGAUCCAGAUGAAGAAAUUGCCAAAAUUGACAGGACUGUGAGAAGCCAGUGUGGCAGUCAGCCUUGGGACAGUAAUACAGCCUGUGAAAACCCCUGCUCCCUGAUUCCCACACCUGACAAAGAAGAGGAUGAACUUCUGUACCCACACGCUGCGUACAGGCCUCAGAGGUGCACGCCAUCGUCAUCCAGAGUGUCACCACUGCCUGUGCUGAACUGGGCAAAUAGAGAGGAAGUAUGGAAAAUCAUGUUAAACAAGGAAAAGACAUACUUGCGGGACAAGCACCUUAUGCAGCGGCACCCUCUUCUGCAGCCUAAAAUGCGAGCAAUUCUACUGGAUUGGUUAAUGGAGGUAUGUGAAGUCUAUAAACUUCACAGAGAGACAUUUUACUUGGCACAGGAUUUCUUUGAUCGGUAUAUGGCAACACAACAAAAUAUUGUAAAAACACUUUUACAACUUAUUGGGAUUUCAUCUUUAUUUAUUGCUGCCAAACUUGAGGAAAUCUAUCCUCCAAAGUUGCACCAGUUUGCUUAUGUUACAGAUGGGGCUUGUUCAGGAGAUGAAAUUCUUACUAUGGAAUUAAUCAUUAUGAAGGCCCUUAAGUGGCAUUUAAGUCCCCUGACCAUUGUGUCCUGGUUGAAUGUAUACAUGCAAGUUGCAUAUCUAAAUGAUUUGUAUGAAGUGCUCCUGCCUCAGUAUCCUCAGCAAAUCUUCAUACAGAUUGCAGAGCUUUUAGAUCUCUGUGUCCUGGAUGUCGGCUGCUUAGAAUUUUCUUAUGGUGUACUUGCUGCUUCUGCCUUGUAUCAUUUCUCUUCAUCUGAACUGAUGCAAAAGGUUUCAGGGUAUCAGUGGUGUGAUAUAGAGAAGUGUGUCAAGUGGAUGGUUCCAUUUGCCAUAGUUAUAAGGGAGACAGGAAGUUCAAAACUUAAGCACUUCAGGGGAGUUCCUGCUGAAGAUGCACACAACAUCCAGACCCAUAUAAACAGCUUGGAUUUGCUGGACAAAGCCCAAGCAAAGAAAGCCAUAUUAUCUGAAGAAAACAGGAUUUCUCCUCUCCCCACUGGAGUCCUCACCCCCCCACAGAGCAGUAAGAAGCAGAGCAGUGGGCAGGGAUCAGCAUGA